AUGUCGGUCCCAUCUCUCCCAUCCGCCCGCCAGAGCCAAGCCUCGCUCUCUACAUCAGCAACACAUUCACAGUCUCAAUCCAUGUCGCACUCUGAUAUCUCUCUCGAGACUCUUGUUACACAUCUUCUUGCUUCCAAAAGAUCUCUAGCAUCGAUCAGUACGGUAUGGCGCGCCAACGAAAUAGUGACUUCCGCCCGUUCGGCCUUGGAAGAAAGUGUGGUGCUAAGUGCCCGAGCCGGAUUCCUAAGAAGUGGUAUAUCAGAACAGGUCAAGAUAUUGAGGAAAGUAAGAGGAGGUAUUGAGGAUGUGUAUAAAGAUGGACAGCGGGACUUCAAGCACGUCAUUCGAACUUUAGACUCUGCGAACUCGAAGCUGGAAUCGACAAUGGAGAUACUGCGAUCUACAAUGGUUGAAGCUACAUUCAGGCCAGAAAAUGAAGAUUCCCGUAGUCUGCUCGACUUUGUGGAUGAACAAGGCGUGGAGACUAUGCGAGAUGCCCUGAAAGAAUCUAUAAGAGAAUCGAAGGAAGCACAAACCGAAUUCGACUCUUCGAUUCUGUCCUUUGACGAUGACCUCCGCACACUCAAAGCCGCAAUGAAAGCUUCUCCCUUACCUAAUACAUCUCAAUCUCACGAUGACCUCUCACCAGCAAUAGCCUCGCACCUCCAUACCCUCGAAUCAAAUGCACAGGAGAUGGCAGCUCUACUCGACUCGUUGGUACGGCACUUUGACCUUUGCGUCAACGCGAUACGGCAUACAGAAGGCGGAUAUGCAGCAGUACAAAAGGCGGCAUCAUCACAGCCACCCGAAGCAGAACCAGUUUCCGUCUCUGGGGUAAUGAGUACCGAAAACGAUCCCACUACUGGCGAGUCACUGUCAGAGGAAGAAAGGAAGGAGAUGCUGGAUGUAUUAGAGAAAGACGCUGCUCAGGUCGAAGAUGUGGUUAUGGAAUUACGGGAAUAUCUGGCUGACAUGGAAGCCAAGCACGAGGAGAUACUAGAACACGUUGCCAGCCUGACGACUUCCCACGACGAGACGGCUGUUGCUUACAGUAUGCUGGAAGCCGUGGGAGCCCGUCUGUCGAGUUAUAUAAUCGCCAGCCAUGAGUUCCGCCUAAGGUGGGGGGAGACCAAGCUCAACAUUCAGGAACAGCUCAACGAGCUGGAGUCGAUGCGAAUUUUCUACGAGAACUACUUUAGCUCCUACGAUAGCUUGAUCCUAGAAGUUCAUAGGAGAAAGCAGUCAGAAGACAAGGUUAAAACUAUAAUGCGGAAAGCCAUGGAGCAAAUUGACAAGGUCUACGAGGCAGAUAUGAAAGAACGCGAGGGCUUCCGAAUCGAUGUUGGAGAUUACCUGCCGGUUGAUCUCUGGCCUGGAGUCAAUGCUCCCGCGAGAAAGUGGGAAUUCAAUCCUGUUGAUGAGAAGGAAGGGUAUGGAAGUGUGCCCAUGUUAGACAGAACGAUAGUCGAAGCAGCAGGCAGGCGAGAAAGGGAGAGGCAAAGAAACGAACGGUAA